AUGAGGAGGCAGGAGAACCAGCCACCGAGGCCCACAGCAGGCUGCCUCUCUGUGCCACUCUUCAACCAGAAGAAAAGGAACAGAAUUCCUUUGACAUCGACUCCGUCUGAGAAUGAAUUCUUUUCCCACAGUGAAUACAUGGCGAGCACCAGCUCAGCCACAUCUCAAAGCACACCAGGUACAUAUGGAUGCUACCAGGCCUCGACUCCUGCUGCUCCUCAAAGCCACCCGUGGAACAGACAAGGCAUCCCUCAGUCUACUCCACCCCAGCAGUAUGGCAGCAGCAGACCUGCUCCUAGAGCUGCCCCUCCAACGAGAGCCUACAGACCUGUUCCACAUCCAUACAAACCUGAAAGCAGAAGCUCUGUGGCCGGACCACCCAGCGCCCCGGUCAGACAGCAGUUUUCCGGUUCCAGUGUUAAUUCCACACAGAACAAAUAUCAGACCCCUCGCAGCGGUGAGAGUGCACAAAGCAAGCCGACACCCCAUGCAGGUUUCUCUCAGAUGCAAUCAUCUCAGUAUUCUCAGCAGUCCAGACCUCCUCCUCCUCCUCCUCCUCCUCCUCCUGUCCCGCCACCCAGGAGGCCCCCUGCUCAAGCUGUGCAGCCACAGAGCAACUCCUGGAAAUUUACUAACAGCUUUGAGCCACAGACGUCUUCCUCUGAAGGAAAAAGGAGCUCAAAUCGACCUCAGACUGCUCGACCAACUCAAACUCAGCGGGAAGCUUUUCCAGCGAAGCCAGCCGUUAAGAACUCACUGCGGAUCCUGACAGCAGUUAUUGAUGGCAUGAGACACUGGAGCCAGUUCAAAGACAAAGUGCAUUGCUUAUUUGAGAUAUUUGCUACUUUAGACUCUGCGGUCACAGUGGGUCGCUACGGAGCCAAGAACUUCCUCAUGAGGGAUGGAAAGGAGGUCGUGCAGUGUGUCUUCUAUGAAACUGAGCAGGUGCUGCCCCGUCUCAUCCGCGGUCAGGUCCACCGCUGUGUGGGCAACUACGACCGCAGCAGAGACGUCCUGAUGUGCUUCUCCGUCAGACCCGGCCUGCCCACGGAGCUGAGGAAUGCCCAGGAGGCUGUCAAAGCCUGUGAUGCAGAGAUGAGGGCGCUGGUGAAAUCACUGAGCGAAGUCUAG